GUUCGAAGAAGAGAGGAGAAGCUUCCAGAAGCGACGCGUCGUGGCGGCGGCGGCGAUGGAUCGGCUUCGCGGGUGCGCGUUCCUGCUCGGCGUCCUGCUCGCAGGAUCCCUGUUUGCAUUUUCAGUUGCAAAGGAGGAGACCAAGAAGCUCGGUACCGUGAUUGGUAUUGAUCUUGGUACAACCUACUCGUGUGUCGGUGUGUACAAGAAUGGUCAUGUGGAGAUUAUCGCCAAUGACCAGGGUAACCGUAUCACACCCUCAUGGGUUGCAUUCACCGAUAGCGAGAGGCUCAUCGGUGAGGCUGCCAAGAACCAGGCAGCUGUGAACCCAGAGAGGACCAUCUUUGAUGUCAAACGUCUCAUUGGAAGAAAGUUUGCAGACAAGGAAGUUCAGAGGGACAUGAAACUUGUCCCCUACCAGAUUGUGAACAAGGAUGGUAAGCCUUACAUUCAGGUCAAGAUCAGGGAUGGAGAGAACAAGGUCUUCAGCCCUGAGGAGAUCAGUGCUAUGAUCCUUGGAAAGAUGAAGGAUACUGCUGAGGCAUACCUUGGCAAGAAGAUCAAUGAUGCAGUCGUCACUGUUCCUGCGUACUUCAAUGAUGCGCAGAGGCAGGCAACCAAGGAUGCUGGUGUCAUUGCUGGCCUGAAUGUUGCUAGGAUCAUCAAUGAGCCAACUGCUGCUGCUAUUGCUUAUGGUUUGGACAAGAAGGGUGGUGAGAAGAACAUCCUUGUCUUUGACCUUGGUGGUGGGACAUUUGAUGUCAGUAUCUUGACCAUUGACAACGGUGUGUUUGAGGUGUUGGCCACCAAUGGUGACACCCAUCUUGGAGGUGAGGACUUUGACCAGAGAAUCAUGGAGUACUUCAUCAAGUUGAUCAAGAAGAAGUACAGCAAGGACAUUAGCAAGGACAACCGUGCUCUUGGAAAAUUGAGGAGGGAAGCUGAGCGUGCCAAGAGGGCCCUCAGCAACCAGCACCAGGUCCGCGUUGAGAUUGAGUCCCUCUUUGACGGGACUGAUUUCUCCGAGCCACUGACCCGUGCCAGGUUCGAGGAGCUGAACAAUGAUCUGUUCCGCAAGACCAUGGGACCUGUGAAGAAGGCUAUGGAGGAUGCUGGCCUUGAGAAGAGCCAGAUUCACGAGAUUGUUCUUGUUGGUGGUAGCACCAGGAUUCCCAAGGUCCAGCAGCUCCUCAGGGACUACUUCGAUGGCAAGGAGCCCAACAAGGGUGUCAACCCUGAUGAGGCUGUUGCCUACGGUGCUGCGGUGCAGGGAAGCAUUCUCAGCGGCGAGGGUGGUGACGAAACCAAAGAUAUCCUUCUCCUGGAUGUGGCUCCUCUUACCCUCGGUAUCGAGACUGUUGGUGGAGUCAUGACCAAGUUGAUCCCGAGGAACACCGUCAUCCCCACCAAGAAGUCCCAGGUGUUCACCACCUACCAGGACCAGCAGACCACCGUCUCCAUCCAGGUCUUUGAGGGUGAGCGCAGCAUGACCAAGGACUGCCGUCUUCUCGGCAAGUUCGAUCUUUCUGGCAUCCCGCCAGCUCCAAGGGGCACCCCCCAGAUUGAGGUGACGUUCGAGGUUGACGCGAACGGUAUCCUGAACGUGAAGGCGGAGGACAAGGGCACCGGCAAGUCGGAGAAGAUCACGAUCACGAACGAGAAGGGGCGGCUGAGCCAGGAGGAGAUCGACCGGAUGGUGCGCGAGGCGGAGGAGUUCGCAGAGGAGGACAAGAAGGUGAAGGAGCGGAUCGACGCCCGCAACCAGCUGGAGACGUACGUGUACAACAUGAAGAACACCAUCGGCGACAAGGACAAGCUCGCCGACAAGCUGGAGAGCGAGGAGAAGGAGAAGGUGGAGGAGGCCCUCAAGGAGGCCCUCGAAUGGCUGGACGACAACCAGACCGCCGAGAAGGAGGAAUACGAGGAGAAGCUCAAGGAGGUCGAGGCCGUCUGCAACCCCAUCAUCUCCGCCGUCUACCAGAGGUCCGGUGGCGCCCCCGGUGGUGGCGCCGACGGCGAGGGCGGCGUCGACGACGAGCAUGACGAGCUGUAGAUGAUGAUGGUUUGAUGACAAUUGAUUGAUUCAAAGGGGACAAGCCAAUUUUUGUAAGAGACGGCGGUUACUUGUAGGGGGUGACUUGCUACUACUACUACUACCACCUUUUGGGUUGGGUUGGGGUGAUGAGGGGUGUCUUUUCAUUCGCAGACACCAUAGACUAAUUCUCCCUCUUUGCUCUCUCUUAUUAGUUUGUUACUCUGGUCGAGUGUAGAACAGCCCUUUCCUUUCCUACUUCCUUCUGAUUUCCAUGUGAUGUGAAGAAGAAGAAACAAAAGUACAUUUUAUUACUCUCC